AACCUAGCACGAACAAACUGCACAGAGAGCCAAGAUGAGUUGGUUACUUGGUUAGCCUAGCACCACCAAAGUGCACAGCUGCUAGAUAGCCACGUUAGCAUUCAAAUGAACUAAUCAUAGCAUAGCACUGCAAUGAGGUUAAGAGUAGAUUUAAAAUACCCCACUGUCAUAGCUGUUGUUCUAAUAUGCAUUGCUUUUGUGUUUUCUAGGACAAAGCAAAGAACCUUGGCGUCCUAUCUUGGGAAAGAGACGCACGCAAUGCACGCCACAGAAGGCAGCCGAACUGAGCAAAAGGAUCUUGAGAGUAAGUAAUUAUUAGCUCACUGUUGCUUUCUUUGAGCAUCUUUUAGGAUGGAAUGGCUGUGCCCAUUUUUUGUGUCCUAUAUUUAUUAGCUAGGUUAUGAGUGUUUCUUCAGUUAACUUGGCCCUUUUCUUUGUGUCCUUGUUUGGAUUGUCUAAUAAUUGAUCUUUUUACACUGUAAGCAACAUAUGGCUCUAUGAAAGGUGCUAUGUUAAUGUUGUUAUUAAUAAUAAUUUUCUUUAUCUUACAGGUGAUCGUCAAAGACAUGAGGCCUUUGUCUCUUGUUGAGGGUGAAGCCUUCAUAGACAUGAUCGAAUAUGCCUGCCCAGGCUUCAAAUGUCCCUCCAGGUGGUGGUUCACAAAGCAGUUGGAGAUGGCAUAUCAACAUACUCUUGAAGAUCUGAAGAAAGACCUAAAGAAGAGGUCCUCAAAAAUCACACUCACCACCGAUGCCUGGACAAGUAUUGCCACAGAGGCAUACCUAGGAAUCACCUGCCACUACAUCAAAGACAACUGGGAGAUGGUCACAUUAGUUUUGUGCACAAAGCCCCUUGAGGACCGACAAACUGCAGAAAACAUCGCUCGCUGGAUUGAAGAGGUUGCAGAGAAGUUUGACUUCUCUCUCAGUGAUGAUGUCCAGGCGAUUGUCCACAAUAAUGCAGCUAAUGUGGUGAAAGCCCUUAGAAUCCUUGAGGAGAGGCAUGGCGUUGCCUCACUUCGAUGUGCUGGCCAUACCACCCAGUUGAUCGUCAACCAUGCUCUGAAAGAUCCCCGGAUCAACAAGGCACUUGGGGCAGCAAGGAGCCUCGUCGGGUACUUCCAUAGCAGCGAUGUCGCCACCCUGAAGUUGAAACUCAAACAAGAGCAAAUGGGCACAGCUCAACACAAGUUGACCCAGGAUGUAGCUGUUAGAUGGAAUAGUUCUUACGAUAUGAUCACACGCCUCCUUGAGCAGCGGUGGCCUGUAACCGCAACCCUCUCAGACCCAGAGGUCACCAGGGCAGCAAAGCACUACCUGGAUAUGAAAGCUGACCAGUGGAGCCUCCUGGAGGAGCUACAGCAAGCACUUGAGCCCUUCGCGCAAGCCACCGUCUUCCUGAGUGGAGAGGCAUAUGUCACAGUCUCUGUCCUGCCUCCGCUGGUGAAAGGCCUACAGAAGUCCACGCAGACAGCCUUUGAGUCUGCUCCCAUCGCCACCUUCAAAACAGCAGCCGCAGCAGAGAUUGCUUCAAGAUGGAAGAUUGAGACUACAUAUGAUGAAGACGGGAACAAUGUGUGCAUCUUCGCCGCGGCCCUUGAUCCGAGAUUCCGAAAACUCAAGUUCCUGUCCACCGACGACAUCCUGAAGGUGAAAAUCAAACUUCAGACUCUUGCACUUGAAGCCAGACGAGUGCAAAUGAGGGAAGAGCCUGAAGAAGAUGACUCCCCCAGUGGCCAGCCAGAUCACUCCAGACAGAAACCAAACUCUAUUCUGGACAUGUUGCUUGGCAGAGAUGAUGAUGAGGAGCUGGAAGAUGAAGACCCAGGCCAAGACCAGAGCGAAGAUGCUGUCAGGAAUGAGCUGCUUGAGUACUUUGGGGAGAAACCCAUUCCAAAGGACAAAAACCCACUCCAAUGGUGGAAGGAAAAUGAAAAAAAGUUCCCUGCCCUGGCUGUUGUGGCGAAAUCCUAUCUGGCUGCCCAUGCAACAUCCACACCUUCUGAAAGUCUGUUCUCAGCAGCAGGGACCAUCGUGAGCAAAAAAAGAGCAAGCCUCACCAAAGAGCACGUGGACAUGCUCACAUUCCUCCACAAUAAUUCAGAGUAGGUAGUGUAGAAGAGGAGUAAAGAGUGGUGAUGGAUGAGGGAGGAGAGAAGCGGAGGAAAGUGGACAGUACUAUUUUGCACACACUUCAUUAGCAUGUAAGCUUACAGAAUAGCAGUUAAGAGAGUCAGUUUGAUUGUGCAUCAGGUUUUAUGUUGGGACUGUUAUAUUGUGUUAAACACACUCAGGAAUGUCUGUACUGUGCACUGCACAGUGUUUGUUUUUGCACUACAUUUUUUUAUCUUUUGUACAGGAGAGAUUUAUGUUGGGACUGUAAAGCUGAAAACAGGAAUUUUAUAUUGUGUUAAACACUCUCAGGAAUGUCUAUACUGUGCACGGCACAGUUUUUUUUGCACUACAACUUUUGAAUUUUCUGAACAAGAGA